AUGGACGACUGCGAGCACGCAGUACCGCGAGACUUCUCGGUGGUCUGUCUACCAAUCAAAGCGGAUCUACAACCGCUGGUCAAGGGGCAAUUCCCCCCGGAACUCUGGCCCCUUAUCCUCGUCCAUCUGCGCAAUGACACGCCGCCGGCGCGUAGCCGGCCUGCGCGUCCGGCGCUGAGGCAACCACACCUCGCCAUUUGCAUGCGGGUCUCGAAAGAAUUUAAACACCUCGUCGAGCCCCUCCUCUACACCCACGUCACUCUGGACAACUUCACAGACACCCUCACGGACUGGACAUCUCAGCAUGCGGAACGGCGGUUCGACCUCACCCGGUCACUCCGGAUCGAAUACCCCCCUAAAGGCGAGGAGCCGACGUACAUGAUGCUCAUGGUGCGGUGUCCCUGCGAGGAUCAUCCUCUGUGGGGCUGGGUGGGGCAAUAG